CAAAAUAUAAUAUCUGCUCUCACUACCCAUAUCGAGUCCUUUUCCUGCUCGGUUUGCGUCUUCAGCAUCUCUUUUCUGUUGGCUAGAAGUGUAGAGACAUACCAGGUAUUGUGAUGAUUUUGCCUCCCCCUCCCCGACAGAGCAACCUUUCAUCGGAAGCUAAUUGUCAGCCUUACUCUGUUCCCUCUGAGUCAAAGAAGGUUCAUGAACCUGUUCACAUACUUUAGUAGUUUAACCAAUAAGGUAAUAGGCAAAGGUAGUCCCCUGUGCAAGCACCGAGUCAUUACUGACGCAUGGGAGGAUGUCACAUCACGACGUUUUCUUGGCAGAUUGUUUUUACGGGGUGGUUUGCCAUUGCCUUCCUCAGUCAUCUACACUUUACCCCCAGGAAACUGGGUACUCAUUUUACCAAUCUUGGAAGGAUGGAAGGCUGAGCCAACCUUGAGCCGGCUACCUGAACCUGGCUUCUGCCAGGAUCGAACUCAGGUCGUGAGCAGAGCUUGGGCUGCAGCACUGCAGCUUACCACUCUGCGCCACGGGGCUACCUGUUUAACCAAUAGCUUAUACUUUUUGUUGGAAGGACAAUACCUUACACAAUUUCACAUUAGCUUGAAACAUCUAGUUAUACAAUUGCUCCUAUGAAAAGGCACUUGAGGUUCAUUUAGACUCCAUUUUGUUUGGUUCAGUAUAUCCUAUGUGAUUAUAGCUAUAUAUGAUGUGUGAUUGCUGAAUUAUCCUGUGUAAAUUGCUCUUAAUAGCUUAUAUGAGUAUAUAUAUAUAUGUGUGUGUGUACUAUGUAUCGUUUAGCAAAAGCAAUCGUGUAAUAAGCUGGCAGCAAGACAAUAGUGUAUAAUAUGACUUGAGAUAGACUGAGUUACAUUAUAGAUAGGCAGAGAGUUAUGGGUUUUCAGAAUUGUUUCACAGAGAAAGAUGGGCUUUUCAAGGGGAGAGAUCAAGAAAAGGAGCUUUAGGGAGCUUCAUCUUAUUUCCUCUUAACUGCAAGUGUGUGUGUAAGUCUUUCUGUAUAAGAAGCAGAUAAUUUGGUGUAUUAAUCACUAAUUGUAGUGGGUUGAAUCUUAAGAGUUUAGCAGAAAGAAAAACUUUUUAACUCGUGGCAUGAUUUUCUCCAGCCCCUCCUUUCGCUGAUUGUUGUAAUAUGUCCUGGACCGUUGUCAAAACACUGACCUCUCACAUUAUUGAUUUGUCUCUGUCCAACAUGCCAUAAGUAAACAGGCUAUAAGCAAACAGUGAACUGUUUUUCGACCAAAGGGCACAGCAUUCUGGAUCAUUGGAGGAGAACACAAUUUGUGUCUGAAAUAUAGCUUUUUGUCAAAAUGGCUUCAGGAUUGACAGUUCUUCACUGAAAGAAAUGGAUGAAGAACAGCCUUUGUCUGCUUGCAGUCAAUAUCCUAAAAAAGCUUUGAGGAAACGGCAGCAUUCUAGUCAAGGUUCCCACGGCAGUGAUUCUUCUAGGGUAUCCCGGAAAAGCUUCCGACUGGAUUACAGAUUGGAGGAAGAUGUAACAAAAUCGAAGAGAGGUAAAGAUGGAAAGUUUGUCAACCCCUGGCCAACAUGGAAAUCUCUGUCUUUCCCUAAUAUUUUGAAGUGGCUUCUUACAGAGAAGGACAACAGCAAGAUUCCUUGUUCAAAGCAGGAACUUGACAGAGAACUUCCAGUGCUGCAGCCCUACUUCAUCCGAAACCCAGAGUUAGCUGGAAAGACCGGAGCUGGUAUGCGAGUCACGUGGCUGGGACAUGCCUCAUUAAUGGUGGAAAUGGAUGGACUUACCUUUCUUACUGACCCUAUCUUCAGCCAGCGGGCUUCUCCACUCCAGUGGAUGGGUCCUAAGCGUUUCCGAGGACCUCCCUGCACAGUAGAUCAGCUCCCCAAGAUAGAUGCUGUGAUGAUCAGCCACAACCAUUAUGACCAUUUGGACUACAACACUGUGUUGAAUUUAAACACUCGCUUUGGCAGUGACCUGAGAUGGUUUGUGCCUUUGGGUCUCUUAGACUGGAUGCAGAAAUGUGGCUGUGAGAACGUCAUUGAGCUGGACUGGUGGGGAGAAAACUGUGUUCCUGGUCACGACGCAGUCACGUUUGUUUUUACUCCUUCCCAACACUGGUCCAAGAGGACCGCCACAGAUGACAACAGAGUUCUCUGGGGAAGCUGGUCUGUCUUGGGACCUUGGAAUAGGUUUUUCUUUGCAGGAGACACGGGCUAUUGUGUUGCAUUUGAGGAGAUAGGGAAAAGAUUUGGGCCUUUUGAUCUUGCUGCUAUUCCCAUUGGAGCAUAUGAACCAAGGUGGUUUAUGAAAUACCAACAUGUGGACCCUGAAGAAGCUGUACGGAUUCAUAUCGAUGUUCAGGCAAAGAGGUCUGUUGGAAUUCACUGGGGGACCUUUGCUCUAGCCAAUGAGUAUUACUUGGACCCUCCUGCUAAAUUGAAGGAAGCUCUGGACAGAUAUGGGCUGAAAACUGAAGAUUUCUUUGUCUUAAAGCAUGGUGAAUCCCAAGACUUAAAUAUCAAUGAUGAUGGAUUUGAAUAAAAAUACAAAAAUCCAGCUGUUUCUUAUGUUAUAUAAGAACUGGGAACAGGAAAAAAAUUAGAUUGGCAAGAUCUUUUUUUGUAAAAUUUUAAAACUGGAUUUUUAAAAGUUCAGGUACGUUUGCUCAUGGUCUAAAAGUCCCUUUAAACCCUUGCAUACCAGCCUGAUUGUAAAAUUGCAACUUUUAUAUAAAACAAAUGAAAUUACGCAACUAGAUGGUAUGACCUUGGCUACAAACGCCAUGUAAGCAAGCCAAUAGAACAUGUUUUUGGCCAUAUCCCCAUACCCCAGGUUCAUCCAUGCAUCUCCGGGGGGGUCCCCGCCUUUUUUCUGAUCAAGCUCAAACCAGCUGUGCUGCAGUUUCUAGGAAGAGCUGCAGUAAAGCCCGGAUAGCCAGUUGUGUGGGUGGGACCAUUGAGAUUUCCCUUCCCGUAUGGCAGCCAUUUCCCCUGACAUGGUCUCCACUGCAGCUAUUUCUUCCCCCAGUCAUUGCCAGGCUUUGUUGAAAAAAAUCAGCCAUUGAAUGUUGUUAUAUCAAUGCACGUACUGUUGCAACGCUGUAACAGAUUCCCUGUAUUCCCAGCUUUAAUUAAAGAGAGGUGGGUGGGUAGAGACUGACUUUAAAAAAUGAAAGCUGGGAAUUUAACAUACCCCUUGCAUGUAUUGUUAUAUCGAUAUGGCUAUAUUCAAUGGCUGAUUUUAAAAAAUGUUGAAAAAGCCCUGGGGGGGAAGGGAGUAGCUGCUGCUGGGCAGCUGGGGAGACCUGUGGUGCAGAAGCUCAUUGCCCCCUGCACUGUAUCAAGAGGCACACCAGCAAUGGGGAAACCACACACGCUUGUCCCUGUGUGAAAGCCACCUUCAUCUUUAAAAAUAUUAAUUUGUUUACAUAGCGAUACCAACACAGGUCACUUGCUGGAAACUGCGUAUCGGCUAACAGGGCAUGUGCACUCAGGGCUUUUUUGAUACUGAAGUUCCAAGCGCGGAAUGGCUAAGCAACAUGAUUAAGUCCCCUAUCCCACCCAAACAGACUUUCUGGUUCACUGCUGGAGGAAGUAGCCCUGAAAACCAAGGUAAAAUCCCUGUGUGCCUGGGUGGAUUUGACGCUUGAACACCAUAGCCGGAGAAAGGCAACUUCUGUAGGAUUCUGCAUACAUUUGUACCCAAAGGCUCUGGUGGUGGAGCAAAUGAAAGGCAUGGACCUCAUUCUGUAGAGCCAUAUAUGCACUUAAUGACCGUGGCUUGCAGAGCCACUUCCUGCCUGAUGAAAACACCACUUAAAUCCUUUUGCUCUCUUCUUGCCUAUAUGAUCAAUGGAGGAUAGAGUUUCAGUAGUUCUUGUUGAAAAUGAUGGCCCUUGGGUGUUCAUAGUUGGGCACAGGAUAGCAGCCUUGCACGUGGAUCCUAAAAGCAUUUCCUGGAUCAUAGGCUUCAAUAAAUUCUGACAGUAUUUCUGGUAACUGUGUUCAGGAUAGCCGUAAUUGAUUGUCCUAUAAAACAGACAUGAGCCCACGCCUAUGCAGGUUUACUCAGAAGUGAGGCAGAAUUCAGUGUGACUGACCAGGGUGUAUGCUUAGAAUUGCAUCCUUGUUUUGACAGAACAAAUGGUUCUUCAAUCUAGGUUACCCUGGCUUGGGUUUGUUUAUGUAUUAGGCUGUAACUUAAGAGCCACUCAGUUUAAAGAAAAUGGCAGUAACGAGAUAGAAGUGAUCUGAACCUUAUAACCAGCAUAGUAGCCACACUGAAAUAAGUGAAAAUAAAUAUAUUAAGUAUUGUAGCCUUAGAACGAACAGUCCUCCAUUCAUUAUUGCCUCCUCUGAGCAGAUUAUUCACCCUGAGGACAUGUCCUGUGCCUUCAAAGCCAUUGAAAUCACUGGAUUUUUUUUGAGAUGGAGUCUUCCAACACAGUUGUUGCUAAAGCACAUUUUAAAUAAAACACUGACUUUACUUUUAUGCAUUUUGAAAUAAAAAAUAUAAGAAAGCCAAACUUUAAAAGGAUCUAAUAAAGCGUGCCUUUUUAAAAAGUACAAAACCUUGCUUCACUAAUGUAUUUUUACUGCUGGCCAGAAUCUCUGUACCUGCAUUGUAUUGUCACUGUGAAAUUGCUCUUUAUCAUAAGCUUGAAUACUUCUCUUGUUUGAGAAUUUGGUUAUCACUGUUUGUAUAACUGAAACCAUCAGUUUGUUGUUCUCUGGAGUCUCCAUUCAGAUUUCCCCUCCCCUUAUUCCCUCCUCCCAAUUAUCCCUUUCUCUUGUAAGGUCCUAAAGACAUCAUUUUAACAGAGUGAUUUACAAAAUGUAUAUAGAUUACUUAUGGAACUGAAAGCAUGACCACUUCUUUAGCACUGUAAAACAGGGCCCAAUAAACCUGUAUGAAAUUACAAAUCUAACUUACAAAAUAAAGAUAGAACGUUUGAGCAAGAUCAUCUAUUUGUCAUUUUAUUACACAGCACUUUCUAUAGAAUCUUCUUGGCUGAAAUGGCCUGCCUUGUUAUAAUUACUUGUUCUGUGAAUAU